CGUGGGUCCCAGAUGCCAGAAUGGACUCAUUCGCUGGCACACCUCCUCCUCCUCGUCCACCUCCUCUUCGUCCUCAUCCUCCUCUUUCCUCGGCCACAGUGCAGCAGCAGCAGCAGCAGCAGCAGCAGCCGUGCUUGGGAACUUAUGAAGAAAUGGCGCAACUUUUCAAAUGGAUUCACAUUUUGUGGGAUACUUUGAAGGGUUCGGGUUAGGUUUCCUUUUGAAGCGUGACUCGUCUUCAUCUUUAGAGCUGAGUGGCAAAGUGUUGGCGUGAUGUAACAGAGCGUUCCCUGGACUUCACUUUGGACUUGAUGACUUAAAGUGUGACCAAAGCGGGACCAAAGUUCUUCUAUUCAUUCUUAAACAGAAAAUGACUUGUUGGCUACUCCGAUUGGCUCUGCUCUCGACUUGCGUCCUCUGCAUCCUCAGCACUGCUUCGCCCAGUACCACGAGCGAGGGUGAGGCGCACGCUCCGUCCAGGGAUAGCUGCGCGUCUUGCGGCGUCGCUCAGCUGGAGGAGUCCGCGGAAACGGGCCGGCUGGACGCGGACUUGUUGGAGGCGGUCAAGAGGCACAUCUUGAGCAGACUGCAGAUGAGGAAGCGGCCCAACAUCACGCACCCGGUGCCGAAGGCCGCCAUGGUGACGGCGCUACGGAAGCUCCACGCCGGGAAGCUGCGGGAGGACGGCAGGGUGGAGAUCCCCAAUUUGGACGGGCAUCCGAUGAACAAUGACGUUCUGGAAGAGAGCUCGGAGAUCAUCAGCUUUGCGGAAAAAGAUGAUCUGGUGAUGUCCAAGUCCAGUUUGUUCUUCCUGAUCUCCAAUGAGGGCAACCAGAACCUGGACGUGAUACAGGCCACCCUCUGGCUCUACUUCAAGUUGCUUCCACCGCCCGUCGAGGUGCGCUCGCGGCGGAAAGUGACGGUGAAGGUGUACUACCAGGAACCGGGCCUGAGCAGCAAGUGGAACCUGGUGGAGAAGUGCGUGGAGCUGAAACGAAGCGGGUGGCACACCUUCACGCUGACCCAGGCCGUGCGCUUGGUGUUCGAGCAGGGCGAGCGGCGGCAGAACCUGGACGUGCGCUGCGACGGAUGCGAGGCGGCGGGCGUGGCGCCCGUCCUCCUCAACCGCAACGACGAGUCGCACCGGCCUUUUCUGGUGCUGCAGGCCCGGCAGGUGGACGCCAAGCAUCGCAUUCGGAAGCGAGGACUGGAAUGCGACGGCAGCGGCGGUCUGUGCUGCCGCCAGCAGUUCUACAUCGACUUCCGACUCAUAGGCUGGAACGACUGGAUCAUCGCGCCGUCCGGUUACUUCGGGAACUACUGUGAAGGGAAGUGUCCCGCUUACAUGGCGGGCGUCCCCGGCUCGGCGUCGUCUUUCCACACGGCGGUGGUGAACCAGUACCGCAUGCGAGGGAUGAGCCCGGGUUCCAUGAACUCCUGCUGCAUCCCGACCAGGCUGAGCACCAUGUCCAUGCUGUAUUUUGACGACGAGUACAACAUUGUCAAACGAGACGUUCCCAACAUGAUCGUGGAGGAGUGCGGCUGCGCUUGAGCUCGGAACCAGGUGGAGCGUCUGGAGAAGUGCACGCUCUCACGUGCACUUGCGUAUAAGCUUGUACAUAUAUUUAUGUUUGUUCAUGCGCAGUGGUACCUUGACUUACGAGCGCCCCUAAAAAUACAAAGUGGCUGUUUUAGAACAAUUGUAUUGUCAAAGGGGCGGUUUUAAAGUUUUAAAUUGCCCUACUGUAAUUAUUUAUUCAUGGUAUUUAUCAAUUGUAUUAAUUAUUUUUCAAACAACUAAAAUGUUGGAGCCAACCCCUUUUUUUUUUUAUAGGCAGGUUAUUUUUUCCCCUCAGCGUCAAUUAUAGAAACAUUUUUGCUAUAAUUAUUAAUAGCUGUAUAACCUGAAGACAGAGCUUGUGAUGUCACUCACAAGGCCACGCCCCUUAAAGAAGACACAAAUACCACAUGUGUGUUUUGGCUGAAUUCACACAACCAGUUCACUUCUUUUACAUUCUCCAUGUUUUCAUAUUUAUCUUUUACAAUGCACUCCUAUUUUUAUUUUAUUUUUUAAAGUGUUUCCUAAGUCAAGGUACCACUGUAUUUGCAUGGUUGUACGCUGGGAGUUGACCUCUGUGACCUCACAGCCAAUUUUCAAAUCACAAACUCACGCUGAGGCUCAGCUCCUCACACGGUUAAGAGCACUUGCGGAUUGAAAUGCCUCCAGUGAGCAUUAGGUGGCGCCUCACCAGUCCAAGACACAAGUGCCACACAAGCUAUGCAACAUAUUGAGCACACAGCAGACAAGCUGAACGCCAGCAACAAACUAUCACUAUCGGCAAUACUUGAAACGUACGCACGGUGAGUAGUUCCAUUGCUUUAUCGCUCUCUAGUUUGCUCGACUUGCUCUGCGGAACGUUCGGCAUGGUCACGCCUCUCUGGCCCCUCCCAUUCGCAACCCCUCCCAUUCACCGUUAUUCGAUUAUUUGCACUGAGGAGCUGAAAAGCUGCCAACACGGGACAUCAAAUUUAAAGUUAUUUUUCUAAAACUGCGUUCAAGGAACCAAAGAGGUACUGUCUGUAUUUGAGUGUUGUCAUAAGAGGCCUAAAAACACUGUCAUGUGGAUCAUCACCAUCUUCAUCUCUGCCUUGAAGAUGUUGUGUUUUUUUUUUUAAUACACUUUUUACUAGCUCAAUUUCUUAGAUUCAUUUAGACUGAAGCACACAUGGUCCGUGUACAGUAACAUUUCAAUGUUUUCGUCAUGGUGACUGUUGCAAAAAAAUAAAUGUCUUAUUAUUAAAU